AUGCAGAUGUUCAUCUCGUCGAUUCUGUAUAUUUGACGGUUAUGAAACAGCCUGUCACUGCUUGGGUGGAACAUGGAGGUUUCAGUCCGACAUCAGCCACGAUAUGCGCUGGCAUUUGACUGAUCUUGGCAUGUUCCUGUCCAGGUGACGCCAGGGUCUGGGCAGCAGAGAAAUACUGGCCAAGAAACACAGCUGAAUGGGAUGAAAGGCGAUCCGAUCGUCGAUGGAAUCCUUACUGACGCUGGCGACAAUUAUGCUGGCUUAUCCCUUGUCAGACCUGGCGGUACAACGAGCACCCCUGGAGGUGGAGUUUUAUUACCGGGCCAAGAGCACCGGCGGAUUAACCCAAGCGCUGCAAUGCUGAAUCAGUCGUACAGUUAUUUAUUAGUUAUUGUGUUUCUGUUUUAUUUCUCUGCCUGGCCGGACGACUUAAAACUGCUCUCCACCCUCUGCUUUUCCGUGGUUCUCUUUUUCCCCAUCCCUACAUCAUGUCUUAUCCUCCUCCACCCGAAGGUGGAUACUAUCCUCCCCCUGGCGGCCAAUAUGGCCCUCCCCCUCCUCAGAUGCAAUACGCUCCUCCCCAGGAAGAGCCAAAGAAGGACCGUGGAUGCUUGACUGGAUGUCUGGUGGCCAUGUGCUGCUGCUUCCUGUGCGAGGAAACUUGCGAAUGCUGCAUUGAAUGUGCCGAGUGUUUAUGUUGUGGUU